AUGCGGGACCAGGCUUCAGGGUUAGGCGCUUCUCGCAAUGGCUCGAAGUCCAAAGGCCCUGCUGGGCCGGCCAAGUCUGGGCCUCGUGGUAGUGAAUGGGUUACCGUGCCCCCGAAAAAGGUGCCUCAGGAGAUGCAGAGGUACCUGUCGGCUCAAAGGCCUCCAAUUGGUGGCCAGAAAUCAAAACGAUCUUCGCCGACUCCUGAAGACUUCCGAACUAUCGGAAGGGAGGGGGCCCAACUCGAUCCCGCACUUUCUGACGAUGAGAACGGCUCAGAAGAGGAGCUGCAUGUCAAUGAGACAUUGACAUCUCAGCCUCCCGAAACGCCCAAGUCCUUGGAGGUCAAGAAGAAAAAGAAGCCGAUCUUAACGACUGGCCCAAAGGCCUCCGGCUCGAAGUCUUCUCCAAAGGUUGUCGUUCCGAAGACCACGCUCGGUCCGCCCGCUUCAACUGGGGGUAGUGUUAACGUCGGGCAUGGGUUAAACCCUAAGUUGUUAGCCGAUGCUUUGGCUCGUCAAGAGGGUGCUUCCAAGGACACUGGUUCAGGGUCGGAGAAAUUGCCUCCGAUUGUUGGUCAUCGUGCGAACUCGAAGAUGAUAGCUGAUGCUUUGGCUCGUCACGAGCAGGCGACGAGGGGUAUCAAAUCUCCUGAUAACAUGAUCCCGGUGGGCAAUGGGGAGUUUAUGAGCUUGGCUGAAUGCAGGGCUUUUCUAGAUCAGUUUCCGAAGUUGUCACCUGUAGGUGUUGGGACUCCUGCCAGGGCGCUUUCGACGGGGUCCUCAUCAGAUGCGCGCAAGACAACAUUGUUGUCGACACCUCUAGUCGCCCCCACGGCAAAAAACUCUUCUCUGGUUAUUCAAGAUCCUCCAAACACCGGUGGCCCUCCGAAGGUUCCAAAACCGGUCUUGGCCUCUCAUGCUCCAGGAGUGGUCACUCCUCUACACAAAGGAAUGAUGACUCGUACCCCUUCUACCUCGAGCUCUAUCACCAAUGCCAUGCUACCCAACCUGGCGACUGCGUCAUUAGAUCAGUUGAAAUCUAUGCGUCGAAUUUGCUCCAACACGAGGGAGAUGUUAUCGACGAGUGUGACUGAGAUUCGGUCGGAGGACUUGCAUCUGUUGGCUCCCGGGGCGUAUGGGUUCCAGGAUCGUCACCUCAGAUUGAUGACAAGAUAUUGUAGUCAAUUGGACCAAAAGAUUGCCGAGGCUGAGAACGCUGGGAUCUCUGACGCCAUCGAAGUCAUCGAUUUGACUACGGAUGAACCCCCGGAUAACGGACCUUCAACCUCUUCAGUUACUGGUUCGGCCAAGCGUCUCAGCAGGCCCUCAGAAGCGUCUGAGUCAGACGAUAGUCCAGUCAUGGCUAAGAAAACCCGAACGACUGUCCCUCCACCGCCUCCUGGCCAGUACAUCCAGCCGAAUCUCCCGCCCUACUCGUUCCGGGACAUUCCUGAUAAAGACCUGCUGGCUGGGAUCGCGCCCAAGUUUCCUGUCAACCGUCAACCAAGCAUAUCAGAGUUCACUUCACAAUUUCAAUCGGACCUUUCGUUGCCCUACUCUCCCACGGGGCCGCCCGGUGGCCUCCUGGCCUCUUCCAGCAAGCCAGCUGCCCCCGGUGGCAAUGUCUCCAAUCAGGUCGGACAGGCGGUCACUGAUACCCAGCAGCCAACGACCCAGGACCCAUUCAAGCAAAGACUUCCGAAGUCGGCGCCUUUGUCCACCCCGAGUCAUGCAAACUUGCCGACCGCUCCCAGGACGCGGUCUGGAGGUGUGGGUAAGGCUGCUCAAGUGCCAGGGACACGGCCGGACCAACUGGUUAAUAAAAAUGUGUCGAAGCCUUCUAUGUCCGAUUUGGCCACCCCAGUCGAUAUGGGUGACCCGGUCUGGAACGCCUCGGAUACGGAGGGACGCGGUCUCAAUACGGACACUGGCGCGGAUGCUGAUGGUGGGGAUAUGGUUGUUGAUCCAGAAGCCCUUAAGUGGGUCAGCGGCAAGGGGAAGGGGAAAGGCCUGGAUCCGGUUUUGAACGUCUCUGAUAAGGAUGCUCGCGCCCUUAAUACCCCAGGAAAUACAAAGCAGUCGACCGCCCAUAAGCAAACUGCAGCGGACCCUGAAGGAGCUGAAGUCGAUCACACUGGGGCGGUUGCUGAUGUUGAGGAUAGGGUUGAUGAACCAGAACCCCCUAAGAAAGAUAGGCGCAAGGGGAAGGGUAAAGGCCAGGCAACAGCGAAGGAGAAAGCCGCCAAAACGACCAAGAAGAAACUGGCUGAUAUGACCGCCGAGGAGAAGGCCGCUCGAUUGGAGGAGCGCAAGGAGAAAGCAAAGGCAAGGAAGGAGGAGAAGGCGCACUGUGUACAUGCGAUACCUCCCCAGCCUGGCAAUCUGCUAGCUCCAAUGUUGACGCCGAAAGAGUGUGAAGAGGCUCGUAGGGCCCACAAGAGGAUGUUGACUGAUUCAAGAAACCCCCAAUGGGACUUCGGACCAGAACUUAUGGACAAGGUGGCCGAUAUGAUACUGGCUUUUAAGAAAGACAGACGGGAAGACAGCUUUUACACGAAAUCACCCCAGUUUACUCCAGAGCCUCAUAUGAUCGACGCUAUCAAAGAGGUAUUUGAGGGGGAUUUCCCUGAGUUAAUUAUGAAAUGCCCCAGGCUUUUGCAGGUGGAUGCAGCGGAUCCAUUCUGGACGAAGGAAGCGGUGGAUUUAUCGAUUAUCAAAAAGGCUCACGAUUCGAAAGACUCAGUGAAGGCCGCCUCUUGGAUUACUUUGUAUGGAAUGAUGCUCCGGGUUGACCACUACCCUGACUAUACCGAAGACGAUAACACCGUGAAACUUUUCGAUGCUGCCUUCCGCAAGAUUCACACGUUGACUGUGUCGAGCUUUAACGAAUUCCAUCGCUAUGUGUCACCAUCAGACAAACCGGUCGACAAGAGCAUCCCCACUUUCAAGCAAGAUACUGCCCUCCAAGCUGGUCGAUUUGUGAUCAAUAAAAUCAAAUCUCUGAAAGUGGGCGCGGCGACCUCUGCUCAUCACGGAAACGCUCGGACAGGGAAUGGCUUAAUGUUACUGCAGAGGCGCAUAUGGGACACUCUUUUGUGUGUGCUCAUGAUGCAACAAUCACUUUUCCAACAAGACUUGGAGCACUGUAUCCAGACUGGCACCUAUCCGAACCAGACCAUGCUUGUAUCCCAACAUAUGUCUGCCAAUCAGCGGGCUCAAAGCUUAUAUAAACAUGGCGACGUCAAAGACACGAAAAACUCGAAGGCGAUGAAGGAAUGGGGAGAGGAUCGAUUGGCGGCUUUUGGUUCUAUGGCUAUCUUUUUUCUGUACGGGGCGGCGGGAUGGUGGCAAUUCCUGACUGACUCGCAUCACUACAAUCAAAAGGACGUUUGGGUGCUGGUCCAUCUGGCCAAAGGGAAAUCGGACUGGAUAUACGAAAGAGGACACCUAUCGAAGCGACGUACAGAGGAUACUCCUUGGUAUAGGAUUGAUAGCUUUGUUCGUUGGCUACUUGUCAAGACGAAAAUGCACGUGCGGAUCACCGACAAAGUCGAUUGGGAGGCUGCUCCCAAAUUCUGGGCUGAACAUGUUACUUCUCACAACAUAGCCCGGCUGGCUCUGCAGGACGUACUCUCUGAAGUCUGCUUGGUCACCCCGCUCAAGUCUUUGAAUUUUAAUGGCGAGCCUGCGCCAGACGUCGUAUUGGAAGAAGAUUUGCAAGCUUCUGUCGAGAAGUGUCGAGCCAAGCUGACGGCAGGAUGGCAAGGACUAGUUGAGGGGACUGCUGGUGGGGAAAGCAGUGAUGGGUCGAGCCUGACGGAAGAAGAGGAAGUGGAGGAGGAAGAAGAGGAAGUCGAGGAGGAAGAAGAAGAGGACGAAGACGACGAAAUGGACGAAGAAGAGUCUGAGGAAGAGGGUGAGAUCCGUGCGCCAAGGCCUUCUGGCAAGCCGGUUCAUGGGAAGAUUCCUUCGUCCUCUAGCUCUGAUUCUGGGACUGAAGACUCAAGUAGUCAUUCUGGUCCAGGCGAUGAAGAGAACGAUGAUGAAGACACCGACCCUCACAGGUCUGAUUCAGAUGGUGGGGUUGAGGAGAGACAAAGAAGACGCCGUGAACAUCCUUUGAUCCUCUACACGUCAAAGGUCCAAAAGUCUGGAUGA